AUGCAGUGCAGUCGUGAAGCUAAGAUUCAACGGUCCUUGCGGAUUCGAUACCUUCGUAUUCAAGAAUUUUUCUUGCAGAGGGAGCGCGAGGAUCCGCGUCAACUCUUCAAUCGCAUCGGUGCGAUUUCUCUUGAUGUGGACGAAAGAGAAGCCGCUACGAGUAGCUCAGAUAUAUUAGACAAGAAGCCAUUGGCAACUGAAACUGUCCAAAUCUCGACCAACAAUCUUUCAGUAGCAGCACUACGAACCGAAAACCGCGUAAAUGUCUUGGAUAGUGGGUACUUAAAGCGUCUGCUCUCUGACUAUGACGUUGGCAAGAUUACGGAUCAGUCCAAAACUAGCAAUGAUAAUGGAGGCUUACUGAGCGGCGGCCAGAAGCAGAGAGUUGCGACUACGCACGCCGGUACUGUCAUUUCGCUCUUCUUUGAUACCGACCAAUUCCUUGUCCUCGAUUCUUCUGGACACGUUUCUUCGCAUGUCGAUAAAAAGGACAUCGACGCCGUGCGAACAGCAGCGCUAAUGUCACCGAAUCGAGACAAAGACCAAGAGUUUGAGGAAGAAGUCGUCCUGAAUCUUGAUGAUGAGAGCGACGUGGCCGAGAAAAUUGACACGAUGCUGGCUACUGAUAGAAGUCUUUACAGACUGCUUUUUGAACGAUGCCGCGAUAUCUAUUAA